AUUGCCGUCUUGAUCGGAUCACAUGCUCAUCUGAUCGAAUUUCCAUCUUUACUACUACCACCCGGUUGCGAACCCGGUUCGAUCGUCAGUAUCACUUGUUCGAGAAAUCAGCAUGCUGAAAAGACCCAAGCAGCUGCAUUCUGGGAUCUCCAAAGUCAAAUCCUCAAGCAAUUUGGCACUCAAACACCACAAGCACCUGUGCUCAAACUUCGAUCUACAACUCAAACAUCUGUUGCUUUAGAGUGGGACAGGCUAGAACUAGCUCAGUCGAAAUUGUUGUCACUCUCGAUUUGGAAAAACGGUCAAAGACUAGGACCGAUUCCAAAUCCAAUGAAUAAUUUUUCCACUAAACUCUCUGGGCUUGAUCUCGAUACGGAAUACGCGUUUCAUCUGGUGAUGAGGACUACCGGUGGCACAUACAAUUCCAAGCAAAUCAAAGUUCGAACUCAUUCCUUGAAUGAUACCACUGGUAUCAAUGUCUGCUUCGGUGUCGUCUUACCUGACGAGCUCUUAGAAGAGUCCAAGGAUGCAUUAGAAGACUUAGGGGGCCGUUGGACGGACAAGAUUCAGAUUGAUACCACACAUUUUGUUUGCACCAUGCCCUUCCACCCCCAACAAGCCAACAUGAACAAUACAAACUCAUUUCCAUCUCUCGAAUACCAACGUGCGCUACAACUCUCAAUUCCAAUUGUUCAGCCCACCUGGCUGUUAGCUUGUCUCGCCGAGAGCAAAAUGGUACCGAUCUCGGCUCACUAUAUAGGUGCAAACCCUACAACCUCGUACACCGGC